AUGCCAUUCCGAAUUACAAAUGAAUCGAUUUAUUUAGGGAUUGCAAUACUCUUUAUUACAGCCCCAAAUAUUGCUCACAUCAUCCUAUCAGCUCUACUAGAAGACUCUUUUGCGAUCCCAUAUCUCAUUAUUACUUGUUCUUUUUUCUGCCUAAAUAUUUUCUUAUUAUUCAAAACCUCAUGCUCAAAUCCCGGAUAUUUGUCUAAAAAUUCAUCCUUACCAGAAGAAACCACUGGUGUUAUAGAAAUCAAUGGAAUUACAGUCAGGCUAAAACUAUGCAAUACCUGCAAUAUUUUGAAACCUCCAAGAGUCCAUCAUUGCAAAGUCUGCGAUUUUUGUGUAGACAGGCAAGAUCAUCAUUGCCCUUGAGUUGCCAAUUGUAUAGGGAGAAAAAAUCAUCGAGAAUUUGUGAUGCUUUUGCUGUUUUCUACUCUUGAGUCGGCUUAUUUAAUUGUAGCCGAGCUGUGUGUAGCUAUUAUUACUGAUGACCCUCCAGGGCGUUAUGCUGGAGAAAUUAUUUUAAUUGUGUAUGGAGCUAUUAUGUUUUGGUCUGUUGGAGGGCUACUUUUAUACCAGCUUUAUUUGAUUUUUUUAAAUAAAACUACACAUGAGCACCGAAGAAGAAUUUUUGGAAAUGAUAAUCCGUUUAAGUAUGGCUGCUGCAAAAAUUUGCUGCUAUUUUGUUCAAUGAAAGCUGAAACACCUGCUUCAAAGCCCAGCCCUCAAAUUAACAAUCAAAUUGAAGAAAAUAGUUAA